CAAAUAAUAAUUAUAAUUAACCAUUUUUAAAAGAUUUUUUUGCCAAUGAAUGGUUACACAGUUUAUGUUAUUGAAAAGUAUAUUUCAUAAUUUCUUUUUUCAGUUGAACUGAUACUUCGAUUAUCGACUGACAUCACCGUUAAUUGACGCUACAACUAAAAUCACUUGUUAUUCGAUCUGGGAAUGUUGCAGAUUCUGAAAAGCAUUUAUCUCGUUUAUUUUAAACAGUGUAGAUUACAUUUGAUUUACUUGAUCUUUAAAUGCUGCCAACUCAAACAUAGUAUUUUACUAUUAAUAACGGUUUAAUGUAACACCGAAAACUAUCGUUUUCGUUGGUUCGUCCGUAUGUCCAAACCUACUUUAAUUGCACAAAAAAUUUAGAAGCUUUGAUGAAACUAGGUACAUAUAUUACCCGGUACGUUAAGAAAUUGCUAUUGUAAACGAACAUUGCUAUUGAAUAGGACAACUCUAUCCUCCUCAAAAUAACGUUAUUCUAAAAAAAACAAAAAGUACUUUACUAUAACUGUAUUAAUACUUCAGCUGCCUAUUUGAAUUCGAUAGAGCGUCAGUCUGAAUUUGGUUAUUUCGUGCUAUAGUGUGGAAAUCGGAUAAUCAGUCGCUUACCAUGUAAAGCUCUCACCCACACUCUCUUUUAGUAUGCCUUUUCCCACAAUUAAUAUGCUGAAUACGCUAAUUCCUGUUUAAUCUUUUUCUUAAGUUUAGUUCGCAUUUAACUUAUUAUUUACAGUUUGUCGUUUUAGCAACAAAUUCGCAUUUCUAAAGUAUAUCUGCAUAUACUUCGCAAUUCGCUUCUAAUUUUUCUAAUACCAAUAUGCAUAAUAAAUUUAGUAAACCGUAUACAUAUUUACUUCAAUUACAAAGCAUCGAAAGUAAUGUGAAUUUCAUUUACCACAUGUAUUUAUGUAUAACAAUGAUGGCAAUAUACAAUAUUCAUUUUGAUCUAAAUUAUAUGGAGUACAUAUGUAUGUUAAAGAAGUACACUUACAUACAUACAUGGUACGUACAAUUUAUGGUCAUUGCAUUUGUUUUUGUAUAACUAAUUGCUUUGGAAAUACCGCAUAUACAAUUUCAGAACUUCAUCCACCAUCCAUCAGCAGAAAGGGUUUUAGUAUUCAAAUACACCUAAGAGCUUAAGCAUAAAAUUAAUUUUGUUCUCUUUGAAUAUGUGAUAUAUAUGUAAUUUUACUGGAUACACAGACUCGGGAAUAAUUUUAUUAAAAAAAAAACAAGUAAAAAAGGAUUAAUCCAUCGGCUCCAACAUGGAACUGUUUAGAAAUUCGAUUGUAUUGUUGUUAUUGCUGUUAUUGACGACCAACGGCCAGCGUAUAAAUAUUUUACUGGACCAAGGGUCCAUAACUGGGCUAAAGAUUUUCCCGGAUACAUCUCGAACUGCUGUGUACGCAUUUCUCGGUGUGCCUUACGCGCAACCACCUGUUGGCGAUCUACGUUUUGCGCCUCCAUUGGCGCAUAAAGGCUGGAAUCGUACUCUUCAGGCUAUGAGUAUGCGUCCCCUCUGCCCGCAGCCCUCCGACACGAUCUAUGAUGAAAUAAGUGAUGGAAAUCAUCCUCGCGAAACAGCAAUGGACGAAGAUUGUUUAUAUUUAAAUAUUUGGGUUUCAGAGACUGAAAAUACAGGCAAGAAAUCUGUAUUGGUACUUAUCACUGGAGAGGAGAUGGUUUAUGAUUGGUCUCAAAAUCGUGUGUCCGGCGUAGAUUUAGCCUUGGAGGAUGUUGUCGUUGUCUCUAUACAGUAUCGUAGUAACAUAUUUGGAUGGAUUGCUAUGGAUAACGACGUGUUGGCCGGAAAUCUAGGACUUCAAGACCAACAUUUGGCACUUCUUUGGAUACAAAAUAAUAUUCAACACUUUGGCGGAGAUCCAAACCAGAUAACAUUAUUAGGACAUGGCACAAGUGGUGCACCAUGUGCCAUAGCACAUGCUGUCAUGAGACCAACUGCUGCAGAUAAUAUUUUUUCUAAACUUAUUAUAAUGUCCAGCGGAGACUUGGCAGAAUCAUUGAGAACCCAGGAAAGUGUCAAGGAAGCGUCGAAAGUGUUAGUGGAGAAACUGGGUUGCCAAUUUGAAAAACCCAGUAGUCAACUCAGAUAUUGCCUGAGACAAAAAAGUAUUAGCGACCUGCUGAAUGCCUUUGAGAGUAUAUAUGAUCAUCGCAAUGGCACGCUUCAUAUUGGACCUAUCUUACCAUUUGCUUACGACGAUCUAUUAAGAAAUCAAACAAUCGCCCGCACUAUAGGCCCCAUGCUGAUUGGUAUUACAUCUAAUGAAGGGUCAUUUUUAGAGCAGCGAUGGUUAAAUUUAGCUCGUGAAAGCUAUCAAUCUAUCCGCGAUUAUGUGGACUACACUGUGGUACCAAGUAUAUUACGAAGAUUCAAUAUGCAAACAAGAACAAAGGUAAAAUAUGCAAUAAACUGGUUCUAUUUUAGCGGAGAGGCGAGCGAAAGUACAAAGCAUUUGCUAUACACAUUGCAACGCCUUAUAUCGGAGUACUUUUACGAGUUGCCGUUUUACAGGUUACUUAAUCUGCUAACUUCGAAAGACUAUGGAAUUUCAUCUCCAGUGUUUGCAUACGUCUUCGACUCUCCCAAACCUAUGGAUCUACGUGGAAAAGUGAAUUUAUUCGGAGGAGCACCACAUUCAGCCGACUUACCUUUGUUGCUUGGGCCCAGUGUAUUCCAACAGGUAUCCAGAAGACGUUUGUCAAUUGAAGAGAGCCGUCUUUCACGAAAGUUUCGCAGCCUUUUUAUAACUUUCAUAAAAAGUAGAAGAGACACAUACAGUUUGAGUUCCAAACCUAAUGAAUGGCUACCCUAUACAGAUGAACACCAAUUCAUUUAUAAUAUUGGCGAGGGAGACAAAGACAUGCGGCUAGAAAUGGGUAGAAACUAUUUGUCGGAUUUUAUUAAAAAUACAGUCGAUAUUGAUAGAUUGCUACACAAUGAAAAGGAUUAUGUCGAUAAUGGAUUCUUGAGAAUAAAUAGGAAUAAUCAAGGGCGCAGUGAUCAUAACCAAGCAACAAUUUAUACUGCAAAUCAUACAAGUUACGGUUAUGUUUUACAUUUGAAAAGGGUUUACAACUUUUGGCAGAUUUUUAUAUCAAAUAUACAAAACUACGAUGACCAAGGGACCUAUGAUGGUAGUAAUAUACCAUUUGGCCAACAAAAACUCUUAAAGGAGGCCACUGCUGAUGCUGCUCGUUACCGAAAGGGUUUCUUUACACUAAUUAUUAUAGUUGUUAUUCUUUUAGGCAUCUUGGCGCUCUGCGUAUAUAUACUUCAUAGGGAUCAAAUGCAGGAGAACACACGUACCUCUGUUUCUCGUUUAUGACGAAGAUUGAUUCAGAGGCCAACAUGGUUUCGAACGACACUUACGUCCAUUAUAGACAACAAAAAUACUUCUAAAUCUGAAAACUUUAGUUUUGGAGAAGUCGUGUUGCCUAUACGCGAAACAAAUAAAGUAGUAAAGGAAACGAAUCUGAAUAAAGUAGAGAUGCGUUCAAAAAGAGACAUGAAUAGAAAUAAAAGAGACUUCGAACAACCGCAAUACGUUGUUAAACACUGGCAAUAUGAACUUACUUGCGAUAAAUUUUAAAUUAAAUACAUUAAUCACUCAUGUAAAUUCUUACAUUUAUCCAUUAAUAUAUUUUAAGAGUGUUCCGAAACUGAAUGAUAAAUGAAUCUAUUCAAUUAUCUAUUUUUCGGAUAGCAAUGCAGAAAUUUGUUACUCAGUUAAUAUUUGAAUAAACUGGCAUAUAUUUCAAAAACACUUAGAAAAUCUGAAGUAGAGUUUGAAUGUGUCUAAUAUACUGCUUUUUGUGUACAAAGUGAAAUUUCAAUAAGUUUGUUAUAUUUAUAUACUCCGAACAUGUUGCAUAACUUCAAGACCCCAGAUUCUGAAUAAAAGCAUUGAUUUACCCCAGCAUAUAGUUACAAUGGAAAAAAAACACAAACAAAGGUUUAUCAACUCAAAAUUAUAAGGUUAACACAUUAAUAAACAUUUAAACGAUUUUUUAAAGAUAUCUCACACAUUAACUGAUAUAAUCGGCAAACAUCCAGAAAAAUGAGACUUUUUACUUUAAAAAUAAAAAAAUAUGGACGUGGAUAAAUUCGUUGAUCGAUUUUCCUCGAGUCUUAACUUGGCCCGAUGCCAAAAUACACACAGCUUUCUGUACCUUAAAAAAAGUUUUGUAUCGCAAGUCAUAACUAUCUUUUAAAUGGAAUUGCAUCAAGUGAGUACAUAAAAUGUAAGCAUAACUCGAUCUCACGAGACCCCUUAAUAUAUGAUGAGACUAAAUCCCAUGCGAUCAUUCAAAAUGUCAACAAACCGGAACAGGUUGAGGGGUCACGUGAGGCCACAUUUCCUAAUAAACGUGUGAAGUAUGCGUGGUGGUCAAUGUCUUGAAAACUUACUAAUUUCAAGACAUUAAGAAUUAUUUAUGAAAAUGGAAACUGUUAUGGUUUUAAAAUAUUUUGUAUUUGCGAAGAUAAUAAACUCCAAAA